AUGACAACUAUUGAAAAACUCGAACUCGAGCUGAAAGAUGUCGACAAAGAGAUAUCUAAAGUUAAUGCGGAGCUGUCAAAGUGGAAGGACCGGCAACGUGUGCUUCACGAGAAGAAACUGUCGAUAAAGAAUUCAAUAAAUAAACUAAAAACAGACACAUUGUCUAGUGUAGACUGGGCAGGAACCACAUAUGAGUGGUCUGAAGAUGUAAUACGGAUGUUAAAGGAUGUUUAUAAAAUUGAUUCAUUCAGACCCAAACAACUAGCUGCAAUUAACUCUACUCUGUCAGGACAACAUGCCAUUGUUGUCAUGCCAACGGGUGCUGGGAAAAGCCUCUGCUACCAGCUACCAGCUUUGGUAAAGCCUGGGCUGACCGUUGUAGUCUCACCACUCAUAUCCUUAAUGGAAGACCAACUAAGAUCACUGACCAAUAGAAACAUUCCAGCUAAACUAAUGUCUAACACCAGCACUAAAGAAGAAACAUCGGAAGCAUUGAAUACAUUGAAGGAUAAGAACACUAAGAUCAAGUUGCUGUAUGUUACACCUGAAAGAUUUGCUAAAAGUAAAAGGUUUAUGUCCAAUUUACAGACUUGUUAUGCAGCAGGGAGGUUGCAGAGGAUAGCCAUUGAUGAAGUGCACUGUUGUUCUCAAUGGGGUCAUGACUUUAGACCUGAUUACAAAUACUUAGGUAUUUUGACACAAAUGUUCCCAAAUACUCCUCUCUUGGGCCUGACAGCCACUGCUACUGCAAGUGUAUUAACCGAUGUUCAAAAAAUGCUCAAUAUUCCUGGAUGUUUAGUUAUUAAAUCUACUUUUAAUAGGCCUAAUUUGUUUUACAAAAUUCUUGAGAAACCAUCUUCUCUAGAAGAUUGCCUAACUAUACUUGAAAAAUUAUUAAAAGGCAGAUACAGAGGCGAAAGUGGAAUAAUAUACACAAAUAGCAUUAGAGAUGCUGAAGAUAUUGCUGGAGGGCUGCGGAAAAGAGGCCUUAAAGUGGGGUGCUAUCAUGCAAACUUAGAGGCUGCGGUUCGCUCACAAGUGCACACAAAAUGGCAUGACAAGUACUAUCAAGCUAUUGUAGCCACCAUUGCUUUUGGAAUGGGCAUUGACAAACCGGAUGUGAGGUUUGUUAUACACCACACAAUAAGUAAGUCAAUGGAAAACUAUUACCAGGAAAGUGGCAGGGCCGGCCGUGACGGUCUUAGAGCAGAGUGUGUCACUCUGUACAGAAUGCAAGAUAUAUUUAAGGUCAGUACUAUGGUAUUCUCUUCUGUAGGAAACUUAGAACAUCUGUAUGGUAUGGUGAAGUACUGCCUUAACGGUUCAUUAUGCAGGAGACUUAUUAUUGCUGAACAUUUUGAUGAAAAUUGGGGAACUGCAGAUUGUAACAACAUGUGUGAUGUAUGUUGCACUUCUGGCACCAAUGAGAAGAUUAUUAAUGUGAGAUUGUACUGUAAAACAUUAGGAAGUAUUAUUGAGAAUGCUGAGAAACAAGAUGUAAAAGUUACAGCUCAAAAACUUCUAGAUGCCUGGUUCCUUAAAGGACCAUCGAAUCUUAGGCAAAAAGGAAAAGAACCAAGUAUUUCAAGGGGACUAGGUGAAGAUAUUAUAGCAUUUUUAUUGCUUGGAAAUUAUUUAGUUGAAGAUUUUCAUUAUACAGCAUAUUCCACCAUAAGUUAUAUAAAAAAUGGUCCAAACAUGGAUGCAGUGCAAGAUGAUAGCUUUGAACUUACUAUGCCAGUAAGGAGGUAUACAUCUUUUGAUCUCCAAACCCCACCACCAAAUGAUUACCAACCCAUUGCUGCUCUUGAGCAAAUUGAUGCAAAUGUUGAUGAAAGUAAAGCAAAAAAACGAAAGAAUGAUGAUAAAACUAAUUCUAAAUCAAAAAAUAGGAAAACAGAUAAUUGA